CACCGCAAGUGGUUCGCAAGCCGCUUAACUUACCUUGAGGUUACUAGUUUGACUUUGAUAGCCAUGUAUCUUCAGUUUUACUUCAAUGAUAACGGGGACAAGGUCUACACCACCAAGAAAGAAUCGCCACUUGUUAUAGUGACAGAAUCUGCUCAUCCAGUGCGCUUCUCCCCCGGUGACAAGUACUCUAGGCAGCGCGUUCUUCUCAAGAAACGAUUUGGUUUGCUUCCCACCCAGAAACCACCACUUCAGUACCAAGGAGUAUUCUGCUUUAUAGAUGUGUUUUUACCCCGAUUACUCUUACUGUAA